AUGGCGUCAGCCGGCGGCUUGACUCGUCGCCGUGGCGCUGGGGGAGGGGGUGGAGCCUCCGCGUCUACCGCUGAGGAUGGAGAAGACGCAAGCCGAGUCAGCUCCCCAGCGCCAAAAGCCUACAACGACCGUGCACCAGAAACAUCCUACACAGGCGGAGAGAAUGGACACAAGAUAGCUUUCGAUCCACGGGAUAUAAGUGAGAGUGAGGAGCGGAGCAAGCAGCCUAAAUUGACGCUCAUGGAGGAGGUGCUGCUGAUGGGGUUGAAGGACAAGCAGGGCUAUCUGUCGUUCUGGAACGAUAACAUCUCCUACGCUCUAAGAGGAUGCAUAGUCAUCGAGUUAGCUUUCAGAGGCCGCGUGAGCAUGCAAAAGGACUCGUCGAGGCGGCGCUUCCCGUUGGCAGACAGGGUCAUUGAGGUUAUUGAUGACAACUUGACUGGAGAAGUCCUCCUGGAUGAGGCAUUGAAGAUGAUGAAGUCGAGUGAGAAGAUGAGCGUUAGUUCGUGGAUAGAUCUGAUGAGUGGGGAGACAUGGAAUCUCAUGAAGAUCGGCUACCAGCUAAAGCAAGUACGAGAGCGCCUCGCCAAAGGUCUUGUAGACAAAGGCAUCCUGCGCACCGAAAAGCGCAACUUCCUCCUCUUCGACAUGGCCACCCACCCAGUCGCGGAUGGAGGCGCGAAGGACGAGAUUCGAAGGCGGGUCCGCAACGUAUUGACGAACCGGACGGUCGUCCUUCCACCCAGCCAGUUCCUCCCCGAAGAAAUGGAGUUCCGAUACAUCAGAACGAUUGCGAUGGUAUGCGCGGCCUAUGCGGCAAAUGUGUUGGAGAACGCUUUGGCAACUCUAGGUCAUGAGGCCAGAGAAAGGGCGUUCGCGCAGGUCGAUGAACUAUUGGCGGAAUACUCGCAGUGGCCGUUUGGGAAGCGGACGGGGGGCGCCCAGGGGAUAGGGGCAAACUUGGGGCAAGUGAUUACGGAUGAGGUCAAUAAGAAUAAGGACAGAGAAUUACAGCUUGAGGUCGUAGCUGCUUGCCUGAGCGUUUUCACCCGGCUGGAUUCGUUGUUAUAA